CUUUAUAACUUAUUUUUAUUCUGUGUUAUGAAUUCUUGUUUACAUUUGCUAACUUUAUCUUUCAGUGUGCCUUGGUUUAUUCAUGUUCAUCUCCAGAAAACAUAAUUAAUAGAGAUAAUUUACCAUUAUUAAAUGCAGUGUUAAAAAACCCAAUCUGUAAAUUAUAUACAUUCCCCACUUCUGACAACAAGUGGAUGUAUAUACGAGAACAGAUGUUUGAGAGCAAUCUUUCUUUUCAUGUUCCCAAGGAACUUAUCAGCCUUCACAUAAAGGAAGAUCUGAGAAGGAAUCAGGACCUUAAAGAACUUGGGGAGCUUUCUCCACAUUGGGACAAUAUGCGUAAAAAUGUUAUUGCACACUGUGAUCAAAUGUUGAUCCUGUACCAAAAUAUGCUUGCAGAACUUGGAAAACAUACAGGCUCUUCUUUCAAAUCAAGUUGCAGUAAAGGAGAAAAAACACUAGAAUUUGUUCCAAUAAAUCUACAUCUGCAGAGAAUGCUUGUGCAGGGUCCUUGUAUAAAAGAUGUUCUUUAUGAUGUCAUCACUGUGGGAGCUCCUGCAGCACAUUUUCAGGGAUUUAAAAAUGGUGGUCUUCAGAAAUUAUUGAAUAAAUUUGAGGCAGAAAGACGAAAGUAAGUACACUGCUAU